UUCCUCGUCAGUCGGUGAAUCUCCUUCCUCGGUGAUGGACACUGUGGACCGGGUCUUCUGCGCCUCCCUUCGCGGGAGACUGAGAAACUCUGCGGACGACUAAAGGACCUUAAAAACCUCCGCGUCCUUCUGCUGUCAAGUCCCUGGAAGCACCUCGUUCCUGCCGGGGAAGUUAGCGCGGAUAAAGCUCGUCCAAGACUUCAGCUUCCUGCCGAGGACUUAUUCGUCCAUGACCUGGCCAUCAUUCAGUUCCAGUCCAUUCUGCGCUUGUUCCAACCAGGAAACAUUCUCGUGCACACAACCCUCAGAGGAAUGAGCCGCCAAUGAGUGACAUUAAGUGUCAUACGUUUCUUCUAGGCUUGGAGGUCAACUAGGAGAUCAGACCUCCUCGCCACCAUGAAAGGUUUGGGGACCAGUCGUAGCAAGCAUCUAUCGGAUUCCUGUAAUCCCUCUGCUGGCCAUCCAGAGGCUCUCUACCAACAGAAUACAAGCACUUUGUCACGCAGUCCUUACUUGCUAAGCCCUGAAAUGGAUCACUACGGUCCAAUGGAUCAGCAUCUCUACACUGCAGGGAAUGCUGGGACUCUUCCACCGGACUGCAUGAUGCCGCUCAACAACCAAUUAUCCAACAGCAGCACCUUCCCGAGGAUUCACUACAACUCCUAUGACACGUCUGACUACUCGACAGCUGGAGAUACCAUUGGUGGAAUAAGCACAGGGACGAUUGGUCCGUCCAUGUCCAUGGGCAUGAUGCAGGGGAUGGGUAUGACAGGGCUGAGCGGGAGACACAUGAUCACAAGUGGCUCAGCGACAAUCUCCCAUCACAUGACCAAACACCAAGCACCCACGAGCCUGCUGGAGUUCGACAAACAGCUGUCUGGAGCUCGCGAUGGAUUUAGCACAUUACAGUUCCAUCGGGCAGCCGCGGCAGACAAGCAGCGCACGGACAGCCCAGGGCGCAUCCGCUACAUGCUGCACUCGGUGCAGAAGCUCUUUGCAAAGUCUCAGUCACUGGAGGGCCAGAAUAUGAAGGGCAACAUCAACGGCCGCUCCACCGGCAGCGGCGGUGGGUCGUCUGGAACCGAGGACAGUGGAAAGCACAGCCGCAGAUCCAAGAGUAAAGACCGAGGAACAAAAUCUGAAGCGACGAAAAGACGUCCGCGGUCCAACAUGUCGGGCUACUGGAGUUCCGAUGACCUGGACAGCAAUGAUAUCAGUAGCUACCAUACAAACAUGAUGACGCUCGGACGUGCAACCGCUCACGUGAACCAGGGUGGACAGAACAGAUACAACCACAGUGGCUUCAACACAAUCAGUUCCUCCAAGAGCAGCCAUGACAUGAAGUACCAGGCUCUUCCUGCACCCGGAGUGGGGGGCAGCAGCGGCGGGUUUGGUGAAGCAGGAGCUAUGUUGAUGAAUGACAGUGACUAUAUGAAAGGAGGCUCCUGGUCAGCACUGACUAUGGGCCAGCCAAGACCGACCAUCCAGAAAGGCUCAGCGACUCUGGAUAGAUCCAUGCUUAAAUCCAAAUCUUGCCAACAAGAACUGACCUGCAACUACUUACAGGUCGGGCGAAGGGGGGACUGGAGCAGCACGCUGGGUCGAAACGGGGGUGCCAACGAAAUCCCGUGUCGUCGGAUGCGCAGUGGUAGCUAUGUAAAAGCAAUGGGAGACAUGGAGGACAGUGAAGACUCAGAGGGAAGUCCCAAACCCUCACCCAAGAGUGCGGCUCGUCGCCAGAGCUACCUCAGGGCUACGCAGCAGUCUCUGAGCGACCAGCUACCGCCUCGCAACAGAACCCUGGAAUACGCCCUGUUGCAGGGGGAGCUGGAUGCUCUGUGGUCUCCUGUCCACUCUGUGUCCUCCCUGCACCAGCUGAGCAGGUCAAUGAGCAGCUGUCUUCCAUCUCUAAGAGAGCUCUCCAAUAACCGCAGUCUGGACAACCUGGACUGUAUUGGUGGUACGGGCUCGUCUUUGCGACAGUGGGACGACGAUGACCUCAGUCAAGCCUGCAGCACAUUGGGCAGACGCAUGGGGCAGCUCCGAGACCUUGACCUGAGCCGCCACUAUGAAGACCGAAGUUCCGAUUCCACAUUCAGAGACUCCCGCUCUCACUCUCAGGACAACCCCGAGCCCCCCGACCUGCCCAUGCCCACGUGCUUCCGAUCCCGCAGCCACAGCUACCUGAGAGCCAUUCAAGCGGGUUGUUCUCAAGACGACGACACCGGCUCGGUGGAUUCAGGCUCACCUCCUCUGACUGACGCUACCGUCCGCACCUACAGCACCAGCACUGAAGACCUACCUACUCAGUGGAAGACUUGGAAAGAGCAGUUUGGCUCUUACCUGAUAGCCACUGGCUUGGACAAAGCCCCAAAGGAAAAACAACUAGCCAUAUUUCUCCAGCGUUUGGGGACUGACAGACCACGCAUCCUACCCACACGCACAGUCUCCACAUGCAUCACCGCCUGUAAGAAGUCGGCUCCGCCUCCAGUUCCACCCCGCACCACCUCCAAACCCUACAUUUCGGUGACGGUGCAGAGCAGCACAGAAUCAGCCCAGGACAACUACCUGGAUCAGCAGGACCAAAGGUCGGAGGUCAACAGCCAGUCUAGCCACGCGCACAGCAACUCGUCCGACAGCCUUGACAGCACCCGUGCCAACAGCCUGGCUCGGGGAAUCCCCCGACCCCCACACAUCAUCCCCACUCCCAUCGCGAUCCCUCGAGGGCCCCUGGUCCCCACCACUGCAAAUGCUUCCACCGAGACCAGUGACUCAGUGGUACAGCACGACUUCCACAAAUCAGGGUUAAAUAAAGCCAGCCUGCAGGCGGAGGAGCCUGAGGUGAUCCCAGUGCCGAGACGGAAGCUGUCCUCCAUUGGCAUCCAGGUUGACUGCAUUCAGGAGGUUCCCAGAGAGGAGACGCCGCCCCUGGCCAAGUUUCAGUCCAUUGGAGUACAGGUGGAGGACGGGUGGCAGCCCAAACGCCCCUCCAACAUGGCCUCAGACCAAGACUCCCAGAACAUCCCUGCCAAAUCCCACAUCAACAACGCUAAACCCCCGCUGAAGAAAACCAUGGUCAGCAGUGCCAGCCAAUCCACGAGCCCCCCUCCGGCCCAGGACUCUCUAGACAACGGAGACACCACUGGUGACUCCUCUCCUCCUGCAGCUCCCAGACAGAUCCUUAACCGCUCCACCACCAGAAGUAGCUCUUCCUCCUUCUCAGAGAGCCUCGAUCCAGCUCUGGAUCCCUCAUCGUUGCCGCCUCCGGACCCCUGGCUGGACAGUGGGAACGGGAGUCACCCCGGUGUCCCCCAGAGUGCCAGUGGGGGGACGCUUUGUAAACGAGAUGGUCACUGGUUCCUGAAACUGCUGCAGGCAGAAACGGGUCGGAUGGAAGGAUGGUGCCAGCAGAUGGAUCAGGAGACCCGGGACAACCAGCUCUCAGAGGAGGUGCUGGGAAAGGUCCGCAGUGCAAUCGGAAGUGCCCAGCUCCUCAUGUCCCAAAAGUUCCAGCAGUUUCGGGGCCUGUGUGAACAAAACUUGAAUGUGAACGCCAAUCCGAGACCCACUCCCCAGGACUUGGCUGGCUUCUGGGACCUGCUGCAGCUGUCCAUCGAGGACAUCAGCCUGAAGUUCGACGAGCUCUACCACCUCAAGUCGAAUGACUGGAAGCCCGUAGCGUGUGCAGCAGCCCAGUCGCCCCCUGAGCGGAAGGACGAGGACGCGACAAAGAAGACUGGUAAAGGUCGGCCAUCGCUGGGACGGGAGAAGAGCGGCGACUCGUCGUCCUCCGCGGAGAAGCAGAGGCUGGAGGCUCGUAAGCGUCUGCUGGCUGCCAAGAAAGCCGCCUCCUUUCGCCAGAACUCUGCCACGGAGAGCGGCGACAGCGUUGAGAUCUACGUCCCCGAGGCGCAGACACGCCUCUGAGGCGAGGCGCUGCCAGAUGAAAGCAGCGCUGACACCUGGGAGAAGGAGGAAGACUUUUGCCAUGCUAAUGUGUGUGAAGCAGGCUGAGGUAGGGGAGGAGGGGGGCAGUCACCUGGGCAUUGUGGACUUGGAAGGCUGGUCCUGGUCCCGUCACACUAUCUUUUCAAAUAUUUAAGUAGAGCAGGAGAGAUGUUUGCUACGGAGCAGCUCGUCUCACUAACCAUAGCUGUUGUUCUUGACCAUGUCGCUGCGGUCAUAUCCCGGAGGCUUUUUUUAAAUGUUUAAGUCUAAGACGCAGACAGACGGAGGCCUGUUUCUCCUAGUGUCUUUUCCCAGGUUAGCGGCCGCUCUGUAGCGCCACCCGGUGGCCACGUCGUCGCCAACAACCCCGCCACAUGGACGUCUUCCUCGUGUGAUUGCUUUCUCCUUCCUUCCACUUCAAUGAGGGACGCCGCUGCCGUGGACCGCCCGGGUGUCGGGGGCCGCUCCGAGCCAGGCUCUCGUGUAUCUCGACGAUGUUCGUGUCAAAGAUCUCCGGUUGGAUUUUUAUGGAAAAGCACAACCCUGCGUGACCAAUGAGCUGAAGGGGAUUUCAGGACGUGUUUGCAGAGGCACGAGCAAUUCCUCCACCUGGGGCGCCAUCACCUGUUCGCCGUAGUCGCCGCUCAUUUGAUUAUUUAUUGGGGAAUUCUCAAGUUAAUUGUGUUUUAAGUGCUUCUAGUUUGCAGGAUGACACUGUGACAUUGUUCAUUGUCUGAACAGCUUCUCUGUCCUUCCGUUACACGACAAACUAACUUGUCUUUUUAUGGAGCUAGAGGCGUAUUAUGUAAUUAAAGCAUUCGAAACGAGCCACCGUCUCGCUUUCUGGCCAGCCGCCGCCAACGUUGCUGCUCAGCAAACUGCAGGGCAGGACGUUUUCCUCCUAACAGGACCUGUAUGCUGUUGCUGAGUCUGGCCCGGGGGCCCUCUGAGGCCCUCUAUCAGGCUUCGUGUGGCCGUGUGUUUGCUGAGUCGCUGCUAGUCAGCUGUCAAAUACACAUGGUGAGUAAAUAGUGACUUUAAAUGUUUUUAAAUUUUUCAAGAGCCAGAUGAAAGCGCCAUGACGUUGUGUGACGCAUUUCUUUGCCACUUCUGAUUGAGUGAGUGUUGCUAAUCCUGUGCCUCAACUUUAACUACUCGAUUUAGAAACAGUUCACCCCAGUCUGGCCUUCGGUGUGUGACAAAGGCUUGUCACACCCCCCAGGAAGAAGUAAACAUUUUGCGCCCCCUCAAUCCUCUGCCACCUCUGAAAUACAGUACUAUCAUUUGUCUAUAAAAUGACACCUCUGUGUCACAUGGUGUCCUUGUCAACAUUAAAGAAAAAAUAAAGUAAUAUAGAGCAACUUCCAACACAGAAUAACUUUAGUAACAUUUUGUCUGGAUGUGCAUUUACACUGUAAAAGUAUGUUCCCCAAGGUCACAUGCCCCGCCCCCCAGCAUCACUCCACGCCCCCCUGAGGGGGUCCCGUCCCACUUUAUGAGAGGGACUGGUCUGCCCUCACCUGAUGUCUUGCAACAUGACAGUCCAUUUAUUCACUAAUUUUCACCAUGAACCUCACCAUAUAUUACAUUUAACUGAAUAGAUUUUUUGGUUAUUCUAACUUAACAUUUAUAUGAAUAACAACUCUAAAAUUCAUGUUUUCACUAUUCUGAUCCCAGUCAGUUUAUAUUCCUGAAUUCCUAAAUAAGAUUUUUAGGGCUUUUAAGAAAUUCAUUUUGAUGAUUAGUCACUGACUAAAAUAAUGAAUCCAUCGUGAAUUUCCAACUUUACGGAGGGCGUUUUUCAGUGGACCAAUUCCUGGUGCACCACCUUAUACAGUUGCAAGUAAAGAUCCAUGAUGAAGAAGACAAAGUUAAAGCUUUUCAGAGCACGUUACCUCAAACAUCACAAAUAAAUAUUUACUGAACCAUCUGUGUAAAAUGUUAGGAAAAAAGGAGCUGAAAUUAAACAAUAAUAACCAUGUGUUAACUUCACACAGAGUGCGGUUACAUGCAGAGCGUAGUCCGACUAAGGCAACAGCUCGAUUAAGCACAAGACACAAGAUAAUCGGGCUAUGAGUAGUUCACCUCCGUGUCGAGGGGUGGCGCUGUGAGCAGUUCCUAUGAGCGUAGAGGAAGAGCAAUCAAAGCUGACAGGUAGCAAGGAGCUGUUUCAGACUGUUAUAUUGAAGUCUGUGUAGACUGACUGAUGAACUAGUUUAACUUCAGAGGUCCAGAAUCAGCACGUCUGAGUGAUGCUUCAACACCGUCAACACACUUCCUUCGGCAGGUUUUGGGAUGAAACUUGGGAGACUGAGGAACACACACACAUUCAGUUUUCUGGCCCGGCAUGUAACCGUACUCCAUGUCCAGUGCAGCUCUUCCAGGUGCUACGCUGCGAUGUCAUCACCAUCAUGAAGGAGAUUGUGCUGACGAAUGAAACUUCAGGAUAGAAAACACGCUGCAGAGUUGGCUCCUCACUGGAGCACCUCCACGCUUCCGAGCUUUAUUCAGAUGAUUCUGACUCAACAAUUAUGAUUCCUCCCAUUAGUUAGAUUUCAGCUCCGAAUGUUGUCUUUUCUGCAAGCUAAUGUUCAUACGUCACCAAAUGCCUUUGCAAUGUUCGUUUUUACCACCUAAAUACACGCAGCCAUUUCUUGUUGAGCAGCUCCUCUGCUCAGUAGUUUUCAUGAAUCAAGAGAUGCUCAAAAAUGUAGCCACAUUUGAAUUUCAACAUGUACCUUUUGCUUUCAUUGAAAGCUGUCUGAUCAAUAAUGAUGAAAAAUUAAACUCCCACACUCUUUCAAAAUGUCUAAAACAUAUAUAAAAUAUAAAAUAUUUUAUAUCAUAAUAAUAUAUAAGAGUGGGAUUUGAUUAAAAAAAAUCUAAUUAAUUAUACAAUUUGUGAUUCAUUAAUCUCAAUUAAUCAUAGUUUAAUGGUAAAAGAAUAUUUGCCCCAUUUUUCAAUUUGAAUGAAUUUGGUAUAUUACUGAAUCAAUGAUGAAGCCAUACAUACAUUUAAACAACAAAAUAUAAGCACAAUAAAUCACAAUGGUGGCUAUGUUCAAGUUUUUAUAUCACCUUAUUUAAACUAAAGCUCUUUUCAUGUCUUGAAAAUAUUUGUAUAACAAUUUCAAUUUUAUAAGAAUUUCAAGGACAUUAGAGUAGUGGAAACUGUUUUUGUUCAGGGAUUCCUCCAUGUUUGUUGUUGUUGUUAUCAUCUGAGCUGCCACAUGUCUUGUGCAUCAGUGUGAUAAAUGGACCAGGAACUCCUGCACUUACAAAGGUUCCCUGUUGUCUGGAGAGCAAACUGUUAAAUUAAAUUAAAUUAAAUUAAAUUAAAUUAUUUUGUGUUGUAAUAAAUGAAUUGUAAUUAACUUGUUAAAUUACCACCACUAAUAAUAUUAAAUAUUUAUUCCACAUAUGACCUUUUUUCAUGUUAUCAUGGGUUUAUUUAUUUACUAAAUUAAAAAGUUAAUGCAUUUUUAAAGUGGAUGCUAUAUAUUUUUGGAGCAUUUGGGGUGUUUAAGAUCAUUUAUUUUCAUUUUAAUAUCAUCAUGACCAUAUUCUGAAUUCUGGUGUGAAAUAUGAAAUGACUUUUCCAGACUGGAUGUGGAGGCUCUAUGAAAAGCAGUCAUCCCACCAGACUGCAGCAAACUUCACCUCCCUGCUGUCGGAAGUCUGGCUAACUUUGACCCCCGAAACAUGCUCGGCGGGGGGCGCUGAAUGGAGAAUCCCAAAUGACCGCUCUUCUCUCUGCUCUUUGGCAGCAGCUCUGCUCUUGAUGGCCGUCCAUUGUUUGCGUCCGUGUCGGCGGGGAAGGGGCUGCCGGGUGUCAAUGGCCUGAUCUUCUCUGCUGCUCGGCCUCAUUCAUCUGACUGGGAGAGCCGAGUCGUUAGCACCUUCAGUCAUUCAAAUGUCUGCGCUGAUGAGAUUUCCAACGGCCAGAGAGGCGCUCGCUGCCUGAUCACCGCGUUUGCAUGAAAAGCAAAUCAAACCUGCAGCUUCUCUGACCUUCUGAAGCCUCCAUGUCUUCAACUGUCUUCCUUGUCUCCUGUCAGUUGACGUCUCUGGCCGCCGCAGCACAUCGGCCUCCUCCACAGAAGCUGACCUUCGUCCCACCUGCGUUCGAUUCUCUGCCAGGCUUUAUAGCACCCCACAGUUGGGAUCAUCAGAAGCUUCCAGAUCAGGAGCCUGGAGCAGCUGUGAAAACCAAUGCUGCCCAAGUGACUGCUCAGACAUCUAAACUAGGUUACCGCCCAAUACACACUGGCUGGCUGCCAUCACCCAGCCUCUUUCCAGAGUCCAGACGCCAUGUUGUCCUGUCCACGAUGGCUGUGCAGAUGAAGCUUCUGAAAACAUCUGAGCUGAUCCUUCAGAAAUGUGAUGACCGAUCCUGAAACUACUGGUGACUGGUGUCACUUUCACUUCACUUUUGCGCCAGAUCAGAAAGCUGGGACACAAGCACACUGCUAUAACAAGAUAAAGCACUCGGUAAAUAUGAGCGUGAAAUCAUCCGAUCAUCAAGACCAUUUCACCCCACACAGUUUCUUGAAGUGAGAUGUAUCCACGAGGUCAUAAAACCAGCGAAAAUAUUAAGGUUUUGUGUGGUCAAAAAUGAAUGUAAAAAAAUAGCUGGUUCUGAGAAGAGAUGAUCUGAAAUGUUACUUUUGACAGCCUCUCAGUGAGUGACACAAACAAACAGAAAUCACAUCCCAACUGACUUGUAUGAGCUGUCAACAUCAGUCUGACGCUCAGUGUUUGGCAGCAGGGCUCCUCUCAACUCCACAGCCACAGAACAGACCUAUGAUCAUCUGUCUGUUGAGGUGUGAUGUGGCUGCAUUGCAACAUGCAUAAAAUCUGAGGUUGUUACUAAAUAAGAUUGAUUUGAAUGGGGCAGAGACGUGACGUUGUCCUGUUUAUUAUUGACAGAAAAGUCAAGGUUAUUCUUGAUUUAUAGUUCAGUGAAAAGUCGGCCACUUCUAGACCUAGAGAGUUCUGUAAUCCAGGAGCAGGUCAUUCGCAGGACUUCAGCGACAGGCAUCUUGAGGUUCGCAGUUCUUUACUGUAGUUCCCGGUGAUCAGAAACCAUCUCAGGACAGUUUCAGAAGGGGACACCUGGAAAUUCAAAACAGUCAGCACCCCCCGCCCCCCCACAUCAGGUCAUCCCAGCCGCCGCGGACCAAACCAACCUCAUUAGCACCUCUGCUUUGUUCCACUGGGAGUCCUGCAGGAA